AUGACAGCCAACGUUGACGUUCAGGCGAUCGUCGCGGCGGUCCUCGAGAAGCUCAAGGAGCCUGCAGCUCCGAAGAGCGUCUAUGUGCCCCCGCAGGCCAAGCAGGCGAAGACGCGCAUGAAGGAGGUCCCGAUCACCGCCCGAGAGGACCCUGACAUCGACCCCUACAAGGAGCUCCCCGAGAUCAACCGCGAGACCCACGAGUACAUCUAUUGCAAGAAUGGGAGGUGGAGGGCCGUCCCCAAGCAGACCCCCGAGCAGAUCAAGGAGCGCACGGAGAAGAUGCUCGAGUCGCGCCUCAGGAAGCGCGCCGAGGCCACCAAGAGGCUCGAGGAGAAGCUCGCCCAGAUAAGGGCCGAGAAGAUGGAGGAGAGCAUGGUCGAGACCGUGGCGCCCCCCAAGAGCGAGGAGGAGCACGAGUCGGGCGACGAGGGAGACCCGGAGCUCUCGAAGAUCAUCGCCGACCACCUCGCCGAGAAGCAGCGCAAGGAGAGCCAUGCAGCAAACGUGUCAAGCGUGUUCGGCGUCUCGGUCACGCAUAAGUGA